CAUUUUAUACGGAUGUACCUCAAACUACCGGUGGCGCCAUGGCUGCGUUCCAGUUCGCAUUCUUCAUGAGUCCUGCGCAAGGUUCAAGGAAGUUAAGGCCUCUCUAGCUGAAACUUCCCCGUCCCCAGCAGAGAAUAGAGUCCCAGUCCCCACUGCCACAUCCUCGCAGGCUGCCCCUACUCCAAACAUUCCCCAGACUGAGUGGUAGCGCCUAAAUCAAUUGGGCAGAGAGUAGCGGACAAACUAAAGCACUACUAUCAUGGAUGUCGGUUGCUUGGGAUUGACACGAACAUCGCAAGGAGGAUGGUGUGGAGGUUACAACACGGCCAACCACUCACGAGGAGAGAGCGCAGAAAGUGGUUGGCUCUUCACCUGAAGGAGAAUGUUCCUCCAUCUCUCGUGCUGCUGUCCCAUGCCAUGUACCAGACCGACCUCACCUCCAAGUCCUCUGUCAUCCUCCCCAUCGUCAAACUGGAGCAAGUCGCCGCCCCCUCUCCCGCAGAGAUCGAGGCCCCUGUCAAAGACAAGCCCGUGUCUGCGUCACUAGAAGUCCUGGUGGACUCUGCCCCCAUUAUCAUGGACAGGAAGGUGGAGAGAGUUUUGGAUAAAGCCAGGAUUGUGGAAUCGAAGAUGGCGUCACCAGAAGCUCAGUUAAUGCAUGCAAAAGGUGCUGAGUUGGCUGCCAAUGCCUACUCUACUGGGUCCCACACUCACUAGCUGCAUAGACUGCCGAAGGAAGCUGCAAUCCCAACCCCCCUUUCCCCUUUCACUUAUAAAAACAACCCAUUUAUUUUAUUAACCUUUCUGCAAUUCAAUUCCAAGUUUGUAAAUUGCCUAAAACAUGUGGGAGUCAAAAGUUUAGUUGAUAAAUUGGCAAUGCUUUUAAUUCGGGGAGAACCACUUGUCCAAUUGCCCUUUAGGUUUAGAUGUGUAUAAUUUAUUUUAAGUUAGUCAGAAGUCAAAUGUAAUUUUUUUCUCACCUAUUAUUACAACUAUGGAAAGCCACCAACUCAAUGUCUGCUUCCCCAAGGGCUCAAAAACAGACCUUUUGUCAAACAGUUUUUAUAUAUUCUUUCUUUUUGGUGUUUAGUUUUUAAAUGUAAUUUUCAGCCUGAGGCAACAGGUGCUUCCAUUUAACUCAAUACCUCGGGAUCUCAAGUAUAGAAUUCCAGAAAGUUUUAACUUGUGAUUUUCUACCUCAAGUGAAUUACAGUCAGAAAUGGUACAAUCUUCAGUUUUCUGAUCGAUAAGAAGCUUACAUGCCUCCAGUAAAAUGGAAGAUGUUUAAUUGCAAUAUUAAAAGUACCAUUUCAGUCAACA